AUGGAGGACGAGAAGAGAAGAGAAGUGGUUCUUUUGGCGUGUGGAUCCUUUAACCCCAUCACCAACAUGCACCUGAGGAUGUUUGAACUGGCCCGAGAUUUUCUGGAGGACACAGGUCGUUACAAGGUGGUGAAAGGUAUUGUGUCAGCGGUCGGGGAUGGCUAUAAGAAGAAGGGUCUGAUUGAGGCUUUCCAUCGUGUGAAAAUGGCCAGACUGGCAACAGAAGACUCUGAGUGGAUCACAGUCGGAACUUGGGAGAGCUUGCAGCCAGAAUGGGUGGAGACAGCCAAAGUGAUUCGACAUUACUACUCAAAAUUAUCAGCGGUUGAACAAGAUGGUGACGAUGUAGACACUGUCAAGUAUGCCAAAAAGAGACGAAUUGAAGAGAAUAAUGAUGAGAGUGCCUCAAAUAACAACACAAGAGGUAUGCCAGAAAAUGCCUUAGCAACUCAGCUGAUGCUGCUAUGCGGUGCCGAUGUCCUUGAGUCCUUUGGGAUCCCCAACUUGUGGAAGCAAGAGGACAUCGACGAGAUAGUGGGCCGCUUCGGUUUGGUGUGCAUCACGCGCUGUGGCAGCGACCCCCAUAAAUUCAUCCACCGGUCAGACAUGCUGUGGAGACACCGCAAGAACAUUCACGUGGUCCCUGAGUGGGUGUCCAAUGACAUUUCUGCAACGCAUGUGCGGCGGGCUCUGCGCCGUGGUCAUAGUGUCAAAUACCUCCUUCCAGACAGUGUGCUCCGCUACAUCUGUGAGCACCAGCUCUACAGCGCUGAGAGUGAGCAAAAAAAUGUUGGCGUGGUUCUUGCACCCCUGCAGAAAUACACACAUGCCAACUCAAGUUAA